AUGGCACGCGACAAUUCUGAUCUCAUAACACCAUCCUCGGAUUCUCAAGAAGAAUAUCGCAAAAUGAAACUCGCUUAUUUCAGCAACGAAUUUCCAACCGAUGAUCUACAGGAGUUAGUUCGCCGGCUUCACGUUCGCAGCAAAGAUAGGAAGCACACUAUUCUGGCUACAUUCAUAGAUCAGGCUACCGUUGCCGUUCGGGAAGAAAUACGUCUUUUGCCAGCUGCCUUGAGAGCAUUGAUUCCACCAUUUCAGACGAUCUUGAACUUCGCAGACCAUUCCGCAUUACGUAAAGGGCCUCCUCUGUGUGGAGCCAUUGAUGGAGUUAUACUUUGCGUAGUGGAGCUGGCAACAUUCAUAGGUUACUACGAAAAUCAUCCAGACGAAUUUUACUUCGACUCCGUCAACACAUCUCUCGCAGGCUUGGGCAUUGGCUUGUUAGCGACUGCAGCAGUCUCGUUAUCUGCCACUUUGGCAGAUAUCCCCAUCGCUGGUGCUGAAGUGGUUCGCAUUGCCUUUCGACUCGGCAUCUUAGUCGAUGAGGUAUCACAGAACCUGCAGCCUCGAGACUUGACAGACAAAAGCUCGCCAGACAUGUGGGCCUACGUAAUACCAGAUGUACAGCCAGAUGUCGUACAAAAGGAAUUGGACUCGAUACAUGCGUUGGAGAGAACACCAGAAACCAGUAAAGUGUUCAUUAGCGCACUCAGCAAAACUUCCGUAACGAUCAGUGGCCCGCCAGGGAGGCUAAAGGCCAUCCUUCGCACAUCUAAUUUUUUUCAGAAUGAUCACAAAUCUGUCGCUUUGCCUGUAUACGGAGGCUUGUGUCAUGCAAAACACAUCUACAAUCAUCAAAAUGUGCUUAGCAUUGUUCGUACAAGUUCGACAGACCUCCUGAGCUUGAAAUUCUCCCCGAGGGUACCAAUCUACUCAACAAGUACCGGGAGACCAUUUCCAGCAGACAGUGCCAUGGAGCUGUUCGAACAAAUAAUUUCAGAAAUCCUAACGCAACAAAUUCAAUGGGAUAAUGUCAUCCAUGGUGUAACUGAACGAGCAAACAAUAUUGCUGUCUCCGACUUCGAGGUCCUCAUAUUUCGGAUUUCUCUACCUAUCCAUGACUUAAUUGGAUCCUUGAAGACGGAAUUGAAACACCUCACAGCAACUACGACAGAUCUUAUAUCAUGGGUCAGCGAAGAGACAACGAAUACUGUGCCGAGAGGGCCAUUGCAGUCCAAGAUCGCAAUCGUGGGCAUGUCGUGUAGGCUACCUGGAGGAGCAACGGACACUGAAAAGUUCUGGGACUUAUUGGAGAAAGGCCUCGAUGUGCAUCGAAAGAUUCCCGCAGAUCGAUUUGACUUAGAGAGUCAUUAUGAUCCUGCUGGAAAGAGGGUGAAUGCUAGUCACACUCAAUAUGGCUGCUUCAUUGACGAGCCAGGCCUGUUCGACGCACCUUUCUUCAAUAUGUCCCCCCGAGAAGCUCAGCAAACGGAUCCAAUGCAGAGACUUGCCUUGGUAACGGCGUACGAAGCUUUGGAGAGAGCUGGCUACGUGGCCAAUAAGACCGCCGCAACGAACCUACACCGUAUCGGAACUUUCUACGGACAAGCUAGUGAUGAUUACCGUGAGGUUAAUACAGCCCAGGAAAUCAGCACUUACUUUAUUCCAGGUGGUUGUCGAGCUUUUGGUCCUGGCCGAAUCAAUUAUUUCUUCAAAUUCUCUGGCCCAAGUUACAGUAUAGACACGGCAUGCUCAUCAAGUCUGGCAACAAUACAGGUCGCUUGUGCUUCACUCUGGAAUGGAGAUACUGAUACUGUUGUGGCUGGAGGAAUGAAUGUGCUUACCAAUUCAGACGCAUUUGCCGGUCUCAGUCAUGGGCACUUCUUAUCAAAAACUCCAAACGCAUGCAAGACAUGGGACUCUGAAGCCGAUGGAUACUGUCGUGCUGAUGGUAUUGGAUCCAUUGUGUUAAAGCGCCUUGAAGAUGCAGAAGCAGAUAACGACAAUAUCCUAGGCGUCAUCCUCGGCGCAGGCACGAACCAUUCGGCUGAAGCUAUCUCCAUUACCCAUCCUCAUGCAGGUGCCCAAUCUUACCUUUCCAGACAAGUGCUGAGUAGCGCUGGAGUGGAUCCCUUGGAUGUCAGCUUUGUAGAAAUGCAUGGCACUGGCACUCAAGCUGGAGAUUCAGUCGAGAUACAAUCUGUAGGGGACGUUUAUGCCCCCCUCACAAAGCGUCGCAAUUCCAAACAGCCACUUUACAUAGGAGCUGUCAAAGCAAAUGUUGGACAUGGAGAAGCUGUUGCUGGAGUGACUGCGUUACUCAAAGUACUCCUUAUGUUCCAACAUAAUGCCAUUCCGCCACAUGUCGGAAUUAAAAACAGCAUCAAUCCUGGUUUUCCGAAAGAUCUGGACAAGCGAAACCUAAAUAUCCCAUACCAGAAACAAGAUUGGCCUCGUGUACCCGGGAAAAAGCGCAUUGCUGUUGUGAAUAAUUUCAGUGCUGCCGGUGGCAAUUCAAGCAUUGUCAUUGAAGAAGCACCUUUGCGAGAGGUAGCUCAGAAAGAUCCUCGAUCAGCCCAUGUUGUUGCAAUUUCCGCCAAAAGUAAAGUUUCUCUGAAAGGAAAUCUCGAACGGUUCAUUGCAUACAUAGACGCAAAUCCUUCAAUUUCCUUGUCGGAUCUCUCAUAUUCGACCACAGCACGACGGUAUCAUCACAACCACAGGGUCGCAGUAGCUACUUCUGACCUUGCAAAUUUGAAGAAGAAGCUCAAUACUCACCUUCAAUCAGUCGACGCACACAAACCAAUUCCAACAACUGGCUCACCAUUGGUAGCCUUCGCCUUCACCGGCCAGGGAGCAUCUCAUCCGUCACAACACCUGAAGCUGUUUCAUGAUUCUCCGUAUUUCAGAUCUCAAAUUCUCCAUCUGGAUUCUCUUGCACGAGUUCAAGGGUUCCCAUCAUUCAUACCAGCCAUCGACGGUAGCUACUCGAAGGAGCACGCCCAUUCACCCGUCGUUACACAAAUUGCUCUCGUCAGCACUGAGAUUGCUCUUGCGAAGUACUGGGCCUCACUGGGUGUGAAACCAGAGGUGGUUAUUGGACAUAGUCUGGGAGAGUAUGCUGCCUUACAUAUUGCUGGAGUACUUUCCGCCAGUGAUACUAUCUACCUUGUGGGUCAAAGAGCAAAACUUCUGGAAGAAAGACGCCAGGUUGGAACCCACAAGAUGAUGGCAGUGCGGGCUUCUGUCGCUCAGAUUGAGAAAAGCGCAGGUGACAGGAAAUACGAAGUUGCGUGUAUUAAUGGACCAAAAGAAACCGUACUCGCCGGCACUCAAAAAGAGAUCGAAGCUUUGUCGAGACCCUUGGAAGCGGACGGCUAUAAGUGCUUUAUCCUUAACGUCGCUUUCGCAUUUCAUUCUGCCCAAACAGACCCAAUCCUGGACGAGUUUGAGGACAUCGCGAAGUCGGCUGUGUUUCAUCCACCAACCUUGCCCAUCAUAUCGCCUGUGUUGGGCAAGGUGAUCUUUGAUGACAAGACUGUAAACCCCGGAUACUUGCGACGAGCUACACGAGAAACUGUCAACUUCCUAUCUGCCCUCGAGAAGGCACAGAAGAUCUCCACAAUUGAUGAAUCAACCGUCUUCGUGGAAAUUGGACCGCAUCCCGUUAGCGUUGGUUUUGUAAGAUCGACUCUUCCAUCAGUCAAUGUGACUGUUCCUUCACUUCGAAGAGACGAGGACGACUGGGUGAUAAUUGCGCAGAGUCUACGUCUCCUCCAUCUCGCCGGCGUGGAAGUGUUCUGGAAUGAAUUCCAUCGUCCAUUUGAAGCAGGACUUCGUCUUUUGGACCUUCCAACGUACAGCUGGAAUGAUAAAAACUAUUGGAUUCAAUACAACGGUGAUUGGGCUCUUACUAAAGGCAACACUUUCUAUGAUGCUGAGAAAGCACGGGCGGCUCCCAAGUUGAUCCCGUUGAUUGAAUCGAGCUUGAGGACUUCAACAGUUCAGAAGGUUGUCGAAGAGUCCUUCUCAGGUUCUACAGGAAAGGUAGCCAUACAAUCGGAUUUGAUGCAGCCAGACUUCCUCGCUGCAGCUUACGGGCAUAAAAUGAAUGGCUGUGGUGUGGUAACAUCGUCUAUCCACGCCGAUAUUGCAUUCACUCUUGGCGAUUACAUCUACAAGAAGUUCAAGCCCAAUGCCAAAAACAUAGAGAUGAACAUAGCCAACUUGGAAGUUCUGAAAGGUUUGAUUGCGCAGAAGAACACAAGAACGGCUCAGAUCAUUCAAGUCUCGGCUUCUACUGCAGAUAUUCACUCCAAUAUCGUCGAUCUCACAUGGCAUAAUGUGGAUGCUAACGGCACUGUGGACGACCCAUUUGCUAGCGCAAACAUCUACUAUGGCGAUGCAACUAAGUUGCUUGCAUCCUGGGUUCCCACAGUUCAUCUCGUCUUGCACUCCAUUCAGGCCCUUGAGCGCCUUGCUGAAGAAGGCAUCGCUACAAAAUUCUCACACAACAUGGCGUACCGUCUGUUUGCCAACAAUCUUGUUGAUUACGCGAAUAAAUACCGUGGCAUGCAAUCUGUCGUGCUUCAUGAACUUGAAGCCUUUGCUGACGUCCGGCUCACGACAGAGGUGGGUGGCACCUGGACCAUUCCACCUUUCUUCAUCGACAGCGUUGCGCAUCUAGCUGGGUUCAUCAUGAAUGUUUCAGACUCCAUCGACACGAAAAAGGACUUCUGUGUUACCCCUGGCUGGAGUUCCAUGCAUUUCGCACGUCCACUUGUGGCGGGAAACACUUACCGUUCCUAUGUGAAAAUGAUAUCCACCGUCGAAGAUCCCACAGUCUAUUUGGGCGACGUCUACAUUCUUCAGAACGAUGUUAUCAUCGGCACUGUUGGUGGUAUUAAAUUUCGCCGCUACCCACGUCUUCUUCUGAAUCGCUUCUUCUCCGCGCCUGAUGAUUCCACGUCUCAACAUACUGUUCCUGUGAUUCCGACAGUGAAACCGUCAUCAAACUCGACAUUCAUCAGCUCACAUUCAGCCACUACGCCCCCAGCAUCUACCACAGCCCAAGCUCCUGCGCCAGCCGCAGCUGUCGUCAAGGCUUCCGAGCCCAACGUUGCUCCAGGUACUUCUGAUAGCACAGCUGCGAAAGCUAUCGUGCUGGUCGCUAACGAAGCGGCCCUUGAUCUUGAAGAUCUUCAAGACGAUGCUAGCUUUGCAAGUUUGGGGAUUGAUAGUUUGAUGAGUCUGGUUAUUGCAGAGAAGUUCCGGGAUGAGCUUGGGGUUACGAUCUCGGGCAGCUUGUUCUUGGAAUAUCCGACUGUGGGUGAUCUUAGAUCUUGGUUGCUGGAGUACUAUAGCUAGGCGAUGGAAGAGAGAGAGAGAGAGAGAGGUAUGGCCCAGCGAUGUUGAUGUUUGAGUUAUGGUAGAGAUGCGAUGUCAGCUUUGCUCGGCUUUCAUUGUCGUCUGGUUUGUGGAUUCACAUUGUCAUUCUCAAAC